GGUUAAGAGGAUGCUGAAACGAUGAGAUGAAAAUCUGACAAUCACUUCUUAUCUUGCCUAGUAUUAUGAUACAACAUGAUGUUAUUAUUAAAGUUAACAGAAAAGUGAAAAAGAAAAAGUAAUUCAACAAAUUAACACCUUUUCUUGUUCAAUAGUUAUCCAAUCAAUCCCAAUAAACUAUUAAUGUUCAAUUGUUUUACCUCUCAAUGAUCAACUAAACAUAAAGUGAUUUUAAUUGAGAAUAUUUGUUCAUCAUUAAACAUUGGAUAAAAGCAUAACAAUUCAAGGAUUUACAUUUUCAAUUAUGUUUCUAAUUUUGUCGACACUUCUUUUACCAACUUUGAUUAGUCCAAUUAACGGUGAUUCACAAAUUGGCAUAAACUCAUCAACAAUGAAAUUGAGCCAAAAUUCAACUGGAAAUAAAUUCAUCAAUGACCAUGGAAUGAACAGACAACAAGGUCAUCAUUUACAUAAAAGGCAAAAUAGUGAUUAUAAAGUAAAACGCAAUAGUGAUUCAUCUAAAAGUGUAUUUAGUGAUAAACAACAUUUGUAUUAUGUAAAUAAUGCUGUUAAUAGUAACAAUUAUGAAACUGCAAAUUUUCAUGUUAAUAGAAGAGGAAAUGAAUUUCAAUCGUAUAAUAACAUGGGUGAAAUGGUAAUAGACAAAUCAUCCUAUGAUCCUUCAGGAUACCACAAAUUAACCACACAUGAUCCAUCUUUUGAUGAUAAUAUUAAACGAAAUAUAACAAUACCACAGGGAGGAACAGCAUUUUUACAGUGUAAGAUAAAUCAUCUUGGAGACAGAGCGGUCUCGUGGGUUCGUCAAAAAGAUUUACAUAUAUUAACAUCAGGCCGUGAUACUUAUACAAGUGAUUCACGUUUCAGAUCAAUCAACCUUCCCAACUCGAAUGAAUGGACUCUUGAAAUAAGAGAUACUCGUCUUUCUGACUCAGGAAUCUAUGAAUGUCAACUAUCAACUGAUCCCAAAAUGUCGACAAGUGUAUACCUUUCGGUUAUUGCCUUGAAAACCGUCAUUACCCCAAGGAGCCAAUUUGUACUUGAAAAAAGGUGCCAACAUUAAUUUAACCUGUUUAAUCAAUUACAUUCCCGACCCGGAAUCCAAUUCGUUGAUAAUAUGGCAACACAGUGAUCAAAUAAUCAACUACGAUUCCAAUGGACGCGGUGCCAAGCUGACGUCUUCACAAUUGUCUUCGCCUUCAGGAAACAAACUCAUGAUUUCCAAUCUUUUAAUCAACAGUGCAACAACAUCCGACGCGGGAAACUACACUUGUAGGUUAACCUCGACUUCACUUCCAUCAC